AUGUCGCAACCCGAGCUCGCCGCCUGGCUCGAGUCCCGAGACGCGCAUUGGUGCUCGCAGUACCCGGCGGCGCCGGCGCCGGACGAGGAGUCGGAGAUCGUGGCGCAGUUCCUCGCGGCGCCGUACCCGUACCCGAACGACGACGACGACGACGAGCGGGAGCAGAAGCAUCAGCACCAUAAUAAGCUGGGCGAGAUCAGUGCCACCAGCUCCACGUACUGGCCUGAGCCUGGCCAUGUCACUGACCCCGGCAACGGGGCCUGCUACUGGCCUCCCCAUGGCGCCGCCAGUAACAGAAACAGCAGCGGCAGCGGAGCCUACUUCGAUGGCAGUGGCUGCUGCUACUACUACCUCGCCGAGCCGGACGUGUCGCUCGGGAUCAACACGCGCACGACGCUGCUGUGCACGUCCUCCAUCGACCUAAAUCUCCUCGGCGACGGGGAGGAGGAGGGAACCUCGAGCGUCGUCCACCCGGCCCCUAACCCUUCGCCCGCUGAUCACACUCAUACGGCCGGUCACCGCAACGGAGGCGAUGACGGCGCCGCAGCCCGCGCCGCGGUGUCGCUCCCGAAGCGGAAGGCUCUGGCCGGCAACGAUGGCGGGGAUCUUGGACGGCACAAAAAGAAGGAGAAGAAGGCGGCAUCCAAGACGGCGCAGAAGUUCAGUCAGGAGAGUUCGCAAAGCAAAGGCAGCUGCUCGGCCGACGAGUCCUUGUCCAAUUGCUCCGAGGUGAACCGCCGCUUGGGGGCUCACGGCGGCGGCGGCAAUGCGAAGGCCCGGGCAGCCAAAGGGUCGGCGACCGAUCCCCAGAGCCUCUACGCAAGGAGAAGAAGGGAAAGGAUCAAUGAGAGGCUCAAGAUUCUGCAGAAGCUGGUGCCCAAUGGAACCAAAGUUGACAUCAGCACAAUGCUUGAGGAGGCAGUUCACUACGUCAGGUUCCUGCAGCAGCAGAUCAAGAUGCUGAGUUCUGAUGAGAUGUGGAUGUACGCACCGAUCGCUUACAACGGGAUGAGCUUAGGAAUCGACUUGAAGAUCUCCACUCUUCAGUGAUGACUCGAGUCCCAUGGUUACAGUUACCAUCUGAAGACUGGAAAAACUGGGCCAAUUAUUAAGAGCGAUCUUUGGCACUGACGAAAUUACGGCCUUUUUUCUUUUUGGCGUAGGGCUUGCACUGUUUUGCAAUAGGGUCAUCACUGUUUGCAAGAUGCAAUAUUGAUGUCAUUCACAGUCGUUUUCUUGGAGACACUUCUUUGGCUCCUCUUUACCUGAUCAUUUUUCAAUACGUACAUUAAGAGUUACUACAUCGGGACAGGGGAAGACAUGCAAGACGUAUAUGCCCAUUUUUGUACUGAUAACCAGUCAGGUACACUAUAGUUGUAACAUGUAAAAUUGAUACGAUCUUUUUUCUCACCUUCUUUUUUUUCCCCUCCUGACCCCUAAAAAAAAAUGGUGUUGAAGUUUGAGUAAUGGAGAAACAAAUAAUACCAGAUGACUAUAAUACAACAAAUCACGAUCUUUGAAGAAUAAUGAAGCGUUCCGCUAGUUUUUUUUGGUUG